UUUCGCCGCUUCCGGCGUCCGGAGCCCGCGGGAGGAAGGUGGUGUCCCCGGAGACGCGGUGGGCCGGGUCGAGCCAGCCGCCCUCCCGGCGGUCCCUCCGUUGCCUCUCGCGGUGCUGCCAAGCCACGCUUUUCAUCUUAGUUUUGACUCUUGGGUUCCAGUUACAGGUAUUUCCGGAAACUCGCAAGAAUUGCGCGUAGCGCUUCUUUGGGGGCGGGGUUCUCGGUGUCCAUAUUGAAUAAAGGCUGUUCGCUGCGCUGUGGCGUUGGGGCGUUUUUCAGUACUCUAAGACUGAUUUCUAAAGGUACGGUUUUCACCCCACUUCAUCAACGCACAUAAGUUUUCUCCUUUUUGGACCUCUAUUUUAUACCACAAUGCAACAAGCUUUAGAACUAGCUUUGGAUCGUGCGGAGUAUGUCAUUGAAAGUGCCCGACAGAGACCUCCUAAAAGGAAAUACCUAUCUAGUGGAAGAAAAUCUAUAUUUCAAAAACUUUAUGAUUUAUAUAUUGAAGAAUGCGAAAAAGAGCCUGAGGUUAAGCAGAAAUUAAGAAGAAAUGUGAACUUGUUAGAGAAGCUUGUUAUGCAGGAGACAUUGUCAUGUUUAGUGGUCAACCUGUACCCAGGAAAUGAGGGAUAUUCUCUGAUGCUCAGGGGAAAAAAUGGAUCAGAUUCUGAGACCAUUCGACUGCCUUAUGAAGAAGGGGAAUUACUUGAAUACUUGGAUGCAGAAGAAUUACCUCCUAUUUUGGUUGAUCUCCUAGAAAAAUCUCAGGUUAAUAUUUUUCACUGUGGAUGUGUCAUAGCAGAAAUACGUGACUACAGGCAGUCCAGUAACAUGAAAUCUCCUGGUUACCAAAGUAGGCACAUUCUCUUACGUCCAACAAUGCAGACUUUAAUCUGUGAUGUACAUUCAAUAACAAGUGAUAACCAUAAAUGGACCCAGGAAGACAAACUUUUGCUUGAGAGCCAACUGAUUCUAGCUACAGCUGAACCACUGUGUCUUGAUCCUUCUGUAGCUGUAACCUGCACUGCAAACAGGCUGCUCUAUAACAAGCAAAAGAUGAACACGCGCCCAAUGAAACGGUGUUUCAAGAGAUAUUCCAGGUCCUCUCUGAAUCGGCAGCAGGAUCUGUCUCAUUGUCCACCUCCUCCUCAGCUAAAAUUACUUGAUUUCUUACAAAAGAGAAAGGAAAGAAAAGCAGGUCAGCAUUAUGACCUCAAAAUUUCUAAAGCAGGAAACUGUGUAGAUAUGUGGAAACGGAGUCCCUGUAAUUUGGCCAUACCUUCUGAAGUGGAUGUGGAAAAAUAUGCCAAAGUGGAAAAAUCUAUCAAAUCUGAUGACUCACAACCAACAGUCUGGCCAGCCCAUGAUGUAAAAGAUGACUAUAUAUUUGAAUGUGAAGCUGGUAAUCCAUAUCAGAAAACAAAGCUGACCAUUUUGCAGUCACUUGGUGAUCCACUUUACUAUGGUAAAAUACAGCCAUGUAAAGAAGAUGAAGAGAAUGACAGUCAGAUGUCUCCAUCCCACUUCUCCACAGAUGAUCAUUCAAAUUGGUUCAUUAUUGGAUCAAAGACUGAUGCUGAGAGAGUAGUCAGUCAGUACCAGGAACUGGUCCAGAACGAAGCCAAAUGUCCAGUGAAGAUGUCGCACAGCUCCAGUGGCUCAGCGAGCUUGAGUCAGCCUUCGCCAGGGAAGGAAACAGAACAGCCUGAGACCCUGUCAGUUCAGUCUUCAGUACUGGGGAAGGGAGUAAAACAUCGACCUCCACCCAUCAAACUUCCCUCAAGCUCAGGAAAUAGUUCCUCAGGUAACUAUUUUACACCACAACAGGUCAGCAGCUUUCUUAAAUCUCCAACUCCUCCUCCUGCUUCUAAGCCACCAAGUCUUUCUCGGAAGUCAUCCAUGGAUCUCAGUCAAGUUAGCAUGCUUUCUCCAGCUGCCCUGUCACCUGCCAGUUCAUCACAAAGAUCUGGAACUCCUAAGCCAUCUACUCCUACACCAACCCCUUCAUCGACCCCACACCCUCCUGAUGCUCAGAGCUCAACUCCUAUUACCCCUUCAGCUACCCCUACUCCCCAAGAUUCAGGCUUCACCCCUCAGCCCACUUUGUUAACUCAGUUUGCUCAGCAGCAAAGGUCUCUGAGCCAGGCAAUGCCUGUAACAACCAUUCCUCUUUCCACCAUGGUAACAUCUAUAACUACAGGAACCACGGCCACCCAAGUCAUGGCAAACUCUGCUGGACUUAACUUCAUCAAUGUAGUGGGCUCUGUUUGUGGAGCUCAAGCUUUGGUGAGCGGUUCAAACCCUAUGCUGGGCUGUAACACUGGUGCCGUAACUCCUGCAGGAAUGAACUUGAGUGGCCUUCUACCCUCAGGAGGUCUGCUACCAAAUGCCUUGCCCGGUGCAAUGCAGGCAGCUUCUCAAGCAGGUGUUCCAUUUGGUUUAAAAAAUACUUCAAGUCUAAGGCCCUUAAAUCUACUCCAGCUUCCAGGUGGCUCGCUCAUUUUUAACACACUGCAGCAGCAGCAGCAGCUUUCUCAGUUUACACCACAGCAACCUCAGCAACCCACAACUUCUAGUCCUCAGCCAGGGGAGCAGGGUUCUGAACAAAGUUGCACCAGUCAAGAACAGGCCUUAUCUGCUCAGCACACUGCAGUUAUUAACCUUGCUGGAGUAGGAAGUUACAUGCAGUCACAGGCAGCUGUGUUGUCUCAGCUUGGCUCUGCCGAGAACAGACCUGAGCAAAGCCUUCCUCAGCAGAGAUUCCAGCUCUCCUCUGCCUUUCAACAGCAGCAGCAACAGAUCCAACAGCUGCGGUUCUUGCAGCAUCAGAUGGCUAUGGCGGCGGCGGCAGCAGCACAGACAGCUCAGCUACAUCGGCAUCGGCAUACAGGCAGCCAGUCAAGAAGUAAAACGAAGAGAGGCACGCCAACCACUCCAAAAUUCUGAGUCUUGCAUUAUUUUCUUUCUUUUUAAAAAUGUAAGAGCAUUGAAUCAAAAGGAUUCUGAGUUUCUACUUCGUUUUUGUUUUUUAACAUGUGUCAGUAUUUUACAUUGCUAGAUAUACAAACUUUAUACAGAAGCACAACCCUAUGAUUUUUAAAUAAAAACAGGGAAAUGGUUUAACGAACCAUUAGGGUGGGUUUGCCUAAGUCAUUGCUUUUUAAAAACGGUUUCACUGUACAUAAUACAGAAGUGACCUAAGAAAUACUAGAAACAUCUUUCAGAAGAAUGUAGUUUGAUAUUUAUUUAGUAUAAAAGGUUUGUGCACAGUGUAACAAAUACAGUUUUUACAAAUCUGUUUUGAAAA